AUGGCGCUGAACAUCACCGCGAAGCGACGAGAUUAUGACCGCCCCGGCCCGUUUUGCCCCCAGGGCCUGCGUGAAAACUCUGCCCGUCUGCGAGACAUGGUGGACCAACUGCAGACGUUCCUGGAGAAGCUGAGCCCUGCGACUGAGAAGGCCGUGCCCUACGUGCGGGAGGCGGAGAUCCACUCGCACAAGCUCCAGCAGCAGGCCAGGGAGUGCCAGACAAUCCUGAACUCCACACAGCAGACGUCUUCUUCGGCCCUGGCCUACGACGAGAUUGCCAAGAUCAUUGACGAGGCUCAGAACAUCUCGGAGGCGGCCCUUGCUACUUCGAACGAAGCCCACGACAAUGAGAUUUGUGGAGAUCCUGUGGAGAUCCAGUGGCUUACCAGGCUUAGCUUCGAGCCAGUUUGGUCCCAAGUGCCCUUCUCAUCGAGCCUACAAGGAGCUGACCGCUGGGAUUUGUAAACGAAUCUUAGCAAAUGCUAAAUUUCAGACAGCCUUUUUGACUAAAUUAUGUUAUCUGCAUAGCCACUUGUAAUGUUAUGCUUCGCCUGCUUGUGAUCAUU